AAUACGAGCUGCUCUUCACGUUUUAGCAAUAUUACAACAUUUGACAACAACUAGAACUUGAUAAAGAUUAACAAGACCGCCACCGCGACCUGCUACCACUUCGACGAACGAUUGCCCAUCAUGGCCAGUACAAUUUCGUCUUCGUACCCGGGUCGCCUUCGUCUGCCUGUGAACCAGCGCAGCCCCUCGGCCGGCACGCUGGCAGGCGGCCAGCCCGCCCGGGUGGAGGGGCAGAUGUGUCGCCGGGGCGCGCCAUGCCCGUCGGAAAGCGGAAAGCGGCCGCCCCCCGGCACAGGCAAGGGGGCGGGCUGGCGUUGCUUGCCCAGGCAGAAGGCGGGGGGCUGGGGCGUGGGCAAUCUUUGUUGGGCCGUCGCCUGCCAACAGCGAAAGGGGGUGAGAAGGAUAGCGGACAGGGCGGCAGGCCGGGAGCACUCCUGCAAAGGGGUGGGGGCGCAGGGGGUGUGGGGCCGGCGAUAGCCCGGACGUGCGAGCGGGCGCGCAGGGCCGGGGGUGCCCGCGAUCAUUCAAUCUCCCCUAGCCUUGGUUUGCGCCUUGUGUUUGGUCGCCCCCCCUGGCACCGGGGAAAAUAUUUUCCCCGGUGGAGCGCUGCUCGUGUUUUACCUCGGCGGCGCCACCAUCGGGGAAAAUAUUUUCCACGGUGGUGCGCUGUGGUCUUUCUUUUGUGUGUGCGUGCGAGAACCGCCGGAGGCCCCGCACCGGGCGGCCGCCACGGGCGCUGGAGGCGGGGGGGACUGGCACGUCGAACGAUGGGGCGUGGCAGCGUCCUCCCGUGGCGGCCGCCCCGGCCGCCCAGGCGGCGGGCAUGCAAGCUAGCAUCUGCGGCGCCCGUGUCUGUGGGUUUAUUUUGAACAUUGUGAUGGUGCCGGUGCUUAUGAGGCCGCGCCGCCCGGGGCCGCCGUACCUACGGCGCCAGGCGUAGAACAGCAAUCGGCUGCCGCGGUCGCGCCCUUGGUGCGGCGCCAGGGCUAAGGGGGGCACGAGGUGCAGCGCUAUGCGCAACUAGGGCAGGCGGCUCGGGCGUCAAAAAGCGCGACGGCCGUGUCGCGUGUCGUAUUUCUCUCGGGCGCCACCAGUCCGGCUGCCGGUGCGGCCAUGGUGCCACACAUUCAGGCUGUGGGUUUGGUGGCGGGAUUGAGGGCGGUUUAGGAGGGGAGGUGGCGCGCGCGCGAUGGUGAUGCGUGGCCGUGUUGCCGGGGGCAAAGCGAAAAAAUUACAUGCAAAACGCGCUUGGUAUCUGUUGACUUUGUUCUUGUAUUCCUUUGCGCUAUUUCCGGAAAAACAACACCUACAUACCACUUCGGCGAACGAUU